AUGGCCUUCACACACGAUGAAAAGUCCCCCGAGGCCGGCUCUGAGCAUGUUGAGGAGCCGGUCGAUGUGUUCCAUGCUGUUCGCGGUACUGCUGCUUUGGAAGUAUGCACACGACUAGAACCUGUUCAGAAACUCAGCAAGCGUAUGAUCCAACUCUACGCAAUCUGCAGUCUGGCCUUCCUGGGGUCGACGAUGGGCGGGUAUGACGGAUCCUUGAUGGGCAAUUUGAUCGUCAUGCAGCCCUUUCAAGAUCAGUUCGGCGCAAAGAUCCUAGGAGUUCAGACCGGCAUCAUCAUGAGCAUGUACUCGAUUGGCUCGGUGUGCGGUUUGCCUUUUAUCGGCCCUCUCACUGAUACUUGGGGCCGUCGUGUGGGUAUUGCCAUUGGAUGUGUCUUUAUCAUCAUGGGUACCAUCAUUGAAGGAGUAUCUCACCACUUGCCUCAAUUCCUCGCCGGACGUUUCUUCCUCGGCUUCGGCGGAAUUAUCUGCAAUGUCGCCUGCCCAUCUUACGUCGUCGAAUUUGCCCACCCAGCCUACCGUGGUGUGAUCACCGGUUCCUACAACUGCUGCUACUACCUUGGAGCAAUCUUGGCUGCUGCAGUUCUGCGCGGCUGCGUCCACUAUACCACCAAUGCGGCAUGGCUCAUUCCCACCUGGCUGCAAAUGCUUUUCCCAUGCAUCCUACUUCUUGGCUGUAUCUGCUUCCCUGAGUCACCACGUUGGCUGUACGUUCAUGGACAAGUAGACAAGUGCCGUGAGACGCUCAUCAAAUAUCAUGGCAACGACAAUCCAGAGUCUCUCUACGUGAGACUUGAGAUGCAUGAAUUUGCCGAAGAGCUGGAGCUCGACGGCGCUGAUAAGCGCUGGUGGGAUUACCGGUCCUUGUUCAAUUCGAGGGCAGCUCUCUACCGCGCCAUUCUGUGUGCAGUCGCUGUCUCGGCUUUCAGUCAAUUGACUGGCCAGUCUGGAGUCUCAUAUUUCCUACCCGCAAUGCUCAACACUUCUGGAAUCAGUAACACUGCCACUAUCCUCGACAUCAACUUGGGCAUCACCCUAGCUUCUAGUGCAGCCGCCUGCUUUGGUGCCAGUCAGAUGGACCGAUUUGGCCGACGAAAGAUGCUGAUCUCAUGUUGCGUGGCUCUAACUCUCCUCUGGGGUGGCAUGGUUGGUGGUACAGGCGGAUAUGCUAUCUAUAAGAGCCAUCCGGCUGCCGAUGCAUCCAUUACAUUCAUCUUCUUGAUUGGCAUCGUUUUCUCUGCCGCCUACACUCCAUUACAAGCACUAUACCCCGUGGAGGUCUUGGCAUUUGACCAGCGAGCCAAGGGUAUGGCCCUGCAGAAUUUCGCUGGAAAUGCAGCAGGUCUCGUCAACCAAUUUGCACUUCCAAUCUCCCUUGAUGUGAUUGGUUGGAAAACCUACUUCAUCUACAUGGGUGUGUGCUUUUGCCAGGCUAUCUACUACUACAUCUUUAUGGUUGAGACCAAAGGUCAUACCCUGGAAGAGCUCAAUGAGAUUUUCCAGUCACGGAAUCCUCGGAGGGCUGCUUCUCUGCAGAAGCACGAGGUGGAUGAGGAGGUUGACAAAGUACAACGCCUCAAGCAGAUGGCUGCACAUGAUAGUUGA